UGCUUCACUUUCCUGUGUUCCCUUCAAAUUAAAUUGAUCUUUCUUAAUUCAAAGUGUCACAUUUUGGCUGUAUCUUCAGCUCACUGCCAGUGUCAGCCAGGCUGGAGGGAGUACCAGAACAAAUGUUACUUCUUUUCAACUGAUGUAAAGUCAUGGCUGGAGGCUAAUGAGCUUUGUUUGGAGCAACACAGCAACCUGAUGAGCAUUCAAGACAUUCAGGAGAGGAUGUGGGUGAGAACACAAAUCGGUCAAGAGAUCUUUUGGAUUGGCUUGAACGAUCGAGUUGUAGAAGGUGUCUGGGAGUGGACUGAUGGGAGUCCUUUUAUAGAAACCCUAUCAUACUGGAUGCCAGGCCAGCCUGAUAACUGGGGCAGCGACCCAGGAGAGGACUGUGGGCAGGUUGUAGGUUAUAGCUCUGGACACUGGAAUGAUGAAACCUGCAGUGCUAAGAGAAAAUAUAUCUGCAAGCACGUCAACUCCAAUCCUAGCCCUCAGUGUGACUUUGCCAAUAAUUGGACACAGUAUGGCUCAAACUGCUACAGGCUAAAAGUAGACACAAGGAAGAGCUGGGCAUCAGCCAGAUAUGACUGUGUGCAGGAUGGCGGCGACCUGGUGUCCAUUGCCUCAGCAGAAGAAGAGCAGUUUGUCACAUCAAUGCUGGGCCCGCUUCAUCCUGACCACUGGAUUGGGCUUUCCACACUGAAAUGCAACAAGAUUUCCUGUCAAGUCGAAGUGGGUAACAGCCAGUUUACCUGGUCUGAUGCCGUCCAAGUGGGGUACACAAACUGGGCCGGUGGGGAACCUACAGUUGACACACAGGCUGGCUCAUGUUCCACAAUAAUCAAAGAUAGGUCAGCUGAUUUUGGUAAAUGGAGGACCCAUAUGUGCAGAUAUGAGCGUCCUUACAUGUGUGAACGACCACUGAACACCAUCUGCCCUCCUGGCUGGUUGAGCUUUGCAGGCAGUUGUUAUUGGAUGGUCAGUAAUAUCAACCUCUUGACCACCUGGCAUGAUGCCCUCACCAAGUGCUCUGAUAUGGGGGCCCACCUGCUGAUUAUUAAUAGUCAAGAAGAACAGUUCUUCAUAAAUGGGAAGCUUCCAGACUUUCACCAAGUGGACAUUCCUGACAUCUGGAUCGGAUUAUCAGAUAAGGACCAGGACGGGGUUUUCAAAUGGGUGGAUAAAACUGCAAUUACCUUUUCAAACUAUGCACCCGGUUGGCCCAAAAACACUGUAGGUUUCUGGGACUGUGGCCAGAUCUUCACAGGAAAUUAUGAGGGCAAAUGGGAAACAACCAACUGCUUCAAACUGCUGGGCUACAUUUGUGAGAUGACAGGUGGACAGAACCCCAAACCAACUUCAGCUCCUGAGUUCCACUGUGACCCUGGAUAUUUGCUGUAUGGGAACUUCUGCUAUUUUUUUGAGAGUGAGACAGUGAAAAACUGGCAAGAUGCUGAGGCUCGCUGUAACACAGAGCAAGGUCACCUGGUCAGCUUCCACUCAGAGGAAGAGCUGAGUUUCAUAAAUGCUCACUUGCCGGGUGAAGCCUGGACCGGUUUGAACGAUAUCAACGUUGAAAACACUUUUGUAUACACCGAUGGAACUCCUGCAGACGUCGUCCCGUGGGCAUCUGGCCAGCCAGACAAUUGGCAGAAUAAUGAGGACUGUGUGCACAUCAGAGGGAUAAAUCACAUCGAACCUGGGAAACUCAAUGACGAUUUCUGCACCACCUCAAGGGAAUAUAUCUGCAAAAAAGGCAAGGGACUAGGCCCUCCUCCCCAGCCCCCAACGUCUGGACCAGGAUGGAAUGAUAAAUGUGGCUCUUGGACACCUGAUCCUUUUAACGACUACUGCUACCUGUUUAACUACCUGUCAAUGAGGACAUGGGCAGAGGCUCGAGCCGACUGUGUUAACCAGGGAGGAGACCUCAUCAGUAUCACUGAUCCCUCUGAACAGGCCUUCAUACAAGGUUUGAUCCAGCAGAGUCCCACGGGGAUCUCUCUGUGGAUGGGCGGUCAUGACUCCAUCACUGAAGGCGGCUGGGCGUGGACAGAUGGCGCCCCUUUCAGAUACAUCCACUGGAGUGCAGGUAACCCAGAUGACUAUUAUGGUGAAGACUGCCUGUCUAUACUAAUUAACAACGGCUACUGGAACGAUGACAACUGUGAGAACAAAAGAGGAUACAUCUGCAAGCGGAGAGGAAGGACACCUAAGCCUCCUCCUCCUCAUGAUGGUUUUAUGACAGCACUGGUGUGCGAGGACUCAAGUGCUGUCAUUCACUGUCCAGAGGAAAGUGUAAUUAACAUCCAGUCUGCUUUCUAUGGACGAAAGAGUGCCGACAUCUGUCCACACCUGGGUGGCUCAGGAGCAAGCUGCACAGUGGAUGGUGUCCUUCCUUCAGUUAGAAAGAUGUGUGACAAUCAUCAAUACUGCUUCGCGUACGCCCAUGUGGAGGUGGACCCUUGUCCCACUGUUUCCAAAUAUCUCGAGAUUGUCUAUAGCUGUGAACAAAAAGUGUGUCUGCAUGGUCUGGGUGUCGAGGAUGGAAACAUCACCGACUCCCAGCUCUCUGCUUCCUCCUCCAAGGGCCUCUUCACUAAUGCCAUCUGUUCUGGUUAA